AUGGCGGGGACUGGAGUUUUUGCUGAGAUUAUUGAUGGGGAUGUGUUCAAGUACUAUGCUGAUGGAGAAUGGAAGAAGUCUGGCUCUGGGAAAUCUGUUGCUAUUAUAAAUCCAACUACAAGAAAAACCCAGUACAAAGUUCAAGCUUGUUCACAAGAAGAAGUUAAUAAGGUGAUGGAGAGUGCAAAGGUUGCACAAAAGUUGUGGGCGAGAACACCGCUCUGGAAGCGCGCGGAGCUGCUUCACAAGGCAGCUGGCGUUCUUAAAGAACAUAAAGCCCCAAUUGCAGAAUGUCUGGUCAAAGAAAUUGCAAAACCAGCAAAAGAUGCUGUAUCUGAGGUUGUAAGAUCUGGAGAUCUGGUGUCUUAUUGUGCGGAGGAAGGUGUAAGAUUAUUGGGCCAGGGUGCAUUCUUAACAUCUGAUAGUUUUCCGGGUAACGAGAGAACUAAAUACUGCCUCGUUUCUAAGAUUCCGCUAGGUGUUGUUUUAGCGAUCCCUCCAUUCAACUAUCCUGUGAAUCUUGCUGUCUCCAAAAUUGGACCGGCCUUGAUAGCUGGAAACUCUAUAGUGCUUAAGCCUCCAACUCAGGGUGCUGUUGCUGCCCUUCAUAUGGUGCAUUGUUUCCACUUAGCCGGUUUUCCCAAAGGUCUAAUCAGCUGUGUCACAGGAAAAGGAUCUGAGAUUGGUGAUUUCCUCACCAUGCAUCCUGGUGUGAACUGUAUCAGCUUCACAGGUGGUGACACUGGUAUUGCAAUCUCCAAAAAGGCUGGAAUGGUCCCAUUACAAAUGGAGCUUGGUGGAAAAGAUGCGUGUAUUGUACUAGAGGAUGCUGAUCUAGAUUUGGUGGCCGCAAACAUUAUCAAAGGAGGCUUUUCUUACAGUGGUCAAAGGUGCACUGCUAUUAAAGUUGUCCUGGUGAUGGAGUCGGUGGCUGAUGAUCUUGUUGAAAAAGUAAAGGCCAAAGUGGCAAAAUUGAAAGUCGGUCCUCCUGAAGAUGAUUGUGAUAUUACUCCAGUCGUCUCCGAGUCAUCUGCAAACUUUAUUGAAGGUCUCGUGAAGGAUGCUAAAGAGAAAGGUGCAACAUUUUGCCAGGAGUACAAGAGGGAAGGCAAUCUUAUCUGGCCAUUGUUGUUAGAUCAUGUCAGACCAGACAUGAGAAUAGCUUGGGAAGAGCCUUUCGGGCCUGUUUUACCCGUCAUUAGGAUUACAUCUGUUGAAGAAGGAAUCCACCAUUGCAAUGCCAGCAAUUUCGGCCUCCAGGGAUGUGUAUUCACCAAAGAUAUCAACAAAGCUAUGCUGAUUAGUGAUGCUAUGGAAACGGGAACUGUGCAGAUUAACUCUGCUCCAGCUCGUGGUCCUGAUCAUUUUCCAUUCCAGGGCAUCAAGGACAGUGGAAUCGGAUCACAAGGCAUCACCAACAGUAUAAACAUGAUGGUUAAGGUCAAGAGCACUGUGAUUAACUUGCCUAGCCCAUCAUAUACAAUGGGCUAA